AGGAUCUUGCCAGGGUGAUUCACAGGAGCUGGGACGUGACUUUAGUGACCUCAGCACAGCAGCAUGGCAUCACCCAGGCACUACGGACACUCUGCUCGGGAUAUUACCAACGUGAUGCAGAAGCUGCAAGAUGAGCAGGAAGCAGUGCAGAAAAGGACAUUCACAAAAUGGAUCAACUCCCACUUGGCAAAGCAUGUCCCUCCCCUGGUGAUGACCGAUCUCUUUGAGGACAUAAAAGAUGGUGUGAUGCUGCUGGCCUUGCUGGAAGUCCUUUCAGGACAAAAGCUGCCAUGUGAACAGGGCAAGAAGCUAAAAAGGAUCCACUGGGUCGCCAACAUUGGUACAGCUCUUAAAUUCCUUGAGGGUAGAAAGUCUGCGUACAGAGGAUCUCCGAUCAAGUUGGUGAACAUCAACUCAACAGACAUCGUGGAUGGACGGCCAUCUAUUGUCCUGGGGUUGGUGUGGACCAUCAUUCUCUAUUUCCAGAUUGAGGAGUUAACCAGUAGCCUACCAGCACUCCAUACCAUGUCCAGCAGCACCUCCUCACUGGACAGCUCCACCAGCAGCACUGAGAUCACCAGCCCACCCCUCAAAAAGAAGACUCUUCCUCCUCUGCAGGGUGGAGCCAGAAAGGCAUUACUGAGAUGGGUCCAGCAGACAGCCACCAAAAGUCUGAGCCUUGAGGUGAGGGACUUUGGCCCCAGCUGGCGUACUGGUUUAGCAUUCUUCGCGGUAAUCAAUGCUCUCCGGCCUAAUCUUGUCGACAUGGAGCGAGUAUGGGGAAGGCCCAAUCGGGAAAAUCUUCAUGAAGCCUUCUUGUUGGCCGAGACUGAGCUAGGGAUUCCACAGCUUCUUGAGCCAGAGGAUGUCGACGUAGAAAAGCCAGAUGAGAAAUCUGUCAUGACAUAUGUAGCCCAAUUCCUGAAGCAUCUUCCAGAACGAAAGCAGAGCGGCUCCGAGGGACAGCUACAAGUAGAGAGAGAGCAGCGAAAGAGCCUGAGGGAGCUCAGGAUGUGGCUCGACCAGCUGGAGAGAGAUGCAAUACAGGCUCAGGAGACUGAGGGCAGUCUUGCUCAGCAGUACCAGCUGUUCAAAAGUCUGCGUGUCCAUUUGGAGAUGAGGAGGAAGCAGGUGGAGGGAGCUUUGCAGUCUACUCAGAGGGAUGGGAUGUUGACUGUGGAUCAGGCUCUGGUCAAACAGGCCUGGGAAAGGAUCUCCAAAAGGUUACUGGACUGGCAUCUUCAGCUGGAUAGGUCUCUGCCAGCUCCUCUGGACACAGUGGGAGCAUGGCUGCAUGAGGCCGAGGAAGCUCUGCGGCAGGAGAUAACCAUCCAGCAGGCACAUGAUAUCACAGCCAGCACUGUGCAUAGAGCUCUGGAGCAGCACAAGGAUGUGUUGAAGAGCCUGGAAAGUCACCAGCAGGUCUUUCAGAGAAUCCAUAAAGACAGAAGUGUUGAUGGAGUGCCUGUUCCCCCAGACCAGCUCCAAGACAUGGCUGAGAGGAUGAACUUUAUCUCUACAUCUUCUAGCAUCCACUUAGCAAAAAUGGAAUUUCUGGAGAACAAACAUCACAUGCAGGCCUUCCUCAGUCUGGCUGAGUCCAAACUAAAGUCCUGGAUCAUCAAAUAUGGUCAACAGGAAUCUGUGGAACUGAUGCUUCACAGCUAUAUCUCAUUUGUGGAGAAGCAGCGUUUCUUUGAAAACUAUGAGAUGUUGUUCCAGUCUCUGAAACUGUCUGCAGAGGCCUAUGUGAGUGCUGACAGCUCAGUGGAUGAAGGCGAGAUGGGAGUGCGCAGGUUUAUGCGGGAGGUGGUGACUCAGUGGAGGAGUCUGUCCAUGGAAGUGCGCAGCGUGAGGAGCAUGCUGGAGGAAGUGCUGUCCAACUGGGAGAGGUACACCUCCACUGUGGCCUCUUUGCAGGCCUGGCUGGAAGAUGCAGAGGAAGCCCUGAGCCAGCCAGAAAACACAAAACGGGAGUUUUUCAGGGAUCUCAGCCACUGGAUGGAUCAGCAUGCGGCCAUGAACGAUGCAGGGAAUUUUCUUAUUGAAACGUGUGACGAGACAGUGUCACUUGAUCUCAAGCAGCAGCUACUCAUUUUAAACGGGCGAUGGAGAGACCUCUUCCUCAAAGUCAAACAAUAUGCCCAUUCAGAUGAGUUGGAGAAGUGGAGAAAAGAACACUUGAAGGCUAUUUGGGCCCUGAAAGAGCUGCUGGACACUGCCGAAGCCAAACUCAAUGCUCCUGUUCAAGUCUCUUUCCUCAGUGUUAGGGCUUUUCUUCAGGAUGUGGAGAAUACCAAGCAAAAGGUUGUCGCUAUGGAGACACAAUACAAGUUGGCUGCCCGCAGCGCUCAGCUCCUUGCCAAGGAUGCUCCACAGGAUGAGGCAACCAGGGUCAUGGCAACUAUGGCAACAGUCAAAGGUCAACUAAGCAAGGUGAGAGAGCGGUGCCCAUCUCUGAUGCGGGAGUGUCAUGCCUUUCUGCCGCUGUUGGAGGAGAUGGAGAAACACAUCAACACUUUUUACCAGGCCUUGGAGCGAGCGAGUCGCAUCACUUCUGCUGCGAGAGACCCAGAGUCACAGGCACAAGCCCAGCAAAAAUACAAGUGGCAGGAUUUGUUAAACCAUCAGCAAAGCUGUAAACGAUGUUUAUCGGUGAUUGAGAGGAACCACCACUCUCUGCAGAGGGCGCUCUCCACCAGUAAGGUGCUCAGGAACUUCGACAUAUCGUUGCUGCAAAAGAGAGUUGUUGAAAUUCAGGGCUCGGCACAGGCUUUGCUAAAGGAGGUUGGAGAAUGGAGAAGGCAGGAAGAGGCCAACAACUCCCUGAGGAGGAGAUUUGAGGAAUCACGACAAGAGCUGGAGAGAGUGCUGAAGAAAGCUCAGGGCUGCUUGAGAGAGACUGGAGAUGCUGAGGAAUUAUUAAAGAAACACACUGAUUUCUUUGGACAACUGGACCAGCGGGUGCUGAGCGUGUUUUUGAAAGCGUGUGAUGAGCUCACGGACAUCCUGCCACAGGAGGAGCAACAGGGGCUGCAGGAAACUGUCCGCAGGCUGCACAAACUCUGGAAGGACAUGCAGAGCGAGGUACCAUCUCACCUACUCCGUCUCAAGGUGGAUGUGGAGCGAAGCCGAGUUGCUGUGAUCCUGCAAGACUGCAGAGCAGAGCUGCACAGAGAAAUGCAAGCCCUGUCUGGCACCUGCACCAGCGAGCGAGUGAUCAAAGAGCACAGAACUUUCUUCAGGGAACGCAAACCUUUAAUUCAGAGCGAGAGGAGGAUUAGAAACAUGGAGGAUCUGUGUUACAAGUUGCCUGACAACGACCAAGCUUAUCGAAUGCUUGACUGCACUAGAAGGGCCGUAGAAGAGGUUACAGAGCAGAUAAAGAGCACCCACCUCAAGCUGGAGCAGCACCCUGAUAAAUGGAAAGAGUGGAAUGAGAGGUUCUGCGAGCUUUCUGAUUGGCUCUCAUCUCAAAAAAGGCAAAUGAGGCUCUUAAGAGGAACAGCAAUAACUUCCCGUCAUCAGGAGCAACUUGAUGCUGCUGUUCAGGCACUACAGGAAGCAGUGGAUACUCGAGAGGAGAGUCUGCUGUGGCUCAAGAGCCGCCUUGCUGUGCUGUCUGAAGUUAGCUCUGAAGUGGAAGUCCAAAGGCAAAGAGCAGCCUUGGCUAAACUCUCAACUGACCUGCGGGCAGUUUACUCUUCACUCUGUCAGCUGGGUGAUGAGGGCUCUGCCAUGUUCCAGUAUGAGGAGCUGAGGGACGAGAUUCAUGGUGCUCUGGAGGAGGUUCUGAGGGCCCGAAAAGAGGCUGAGGAGCAGAUAGGCAGAAUCCUGGAUGCUGAGGGUUUGGAGGAAGCCAAACAACUUUACCUUAUUCACCAGGUAUUUGUUUAG